AUGGCAGACAAAUACGGCGCCGUGUUGACGGUAUGGCUGGGGAUGCAGCGGGUGCUUGUGGUGAGCGAUCCAAAGGUGGUGAAUGGUGAGCGAUCCAAAGGUGGUGAAGGAAUGCUUCACCACCCACGACAGGGCUCUCUCCUCCCGACCAAGAACAAGCACCGGCAAGUUCCUCCUCUUCGACAACGCAGGGUUCGGGGUCUCACCGUACGGAGCCUACUGGCGAACCAUUCGAAAGCUCGCGGUGACUCAUCUCGUCUCCCCGACGGCCUCCGAGCCACAGAGCAUGUCCGGCAGUCGGAGGUUGAUUCCUUGGUGAGCCACCUCUGUUCCGUCAUCCGCAAAGGCAACGACGACGACGACGACCAAGCAGGCACGGUUGUGGCCAUGAAUGCCGUGUUUGAAAGUCUGACGCUGAACGUGACAACGAGAAUAAUGGCAGGCAGGAAAUCGCACGUGUUCGACGACGACAACAGUAGUGACCAGGAGGACAUCAAUGAGGAGGCGGAGACCAAACGGAUCGGACGGCUGAUCAAAGAGUUCAUGAAGUUGGCCGGCUUGCCUGUGAUCUCGGACGUCAUCCCACUCCUGAGCUGGACCCGUGGGUUGGCUGGGAGCGUGAAGGCUAUGCGACGCGUUGCUGCCGAUUUCGAGCCCAUCUUGUCAAAUUGGAUAUCCCAACACGAGGCGGUUUCUCUGCUGCUGCUGCUGAUAAUCGCCAUCAGGAUGUCAUCCACGUUCUGUUAUCCUCUAUCAAAGGGGAUUACUACGAUGAGGUGUUUGGCCAUAUUCCCCGCGAGAAAGCCAUCAAUGGCACCAUUAUGGUAA